GGGGGAGGAGGUGCCGGGGGAAGUGACGAGGGAUAGAAUGUUCCUGAAAGUUCCAGCAGUUUGCUGGAAGUAUCAUUGAGAGCGAAAGGAGGGAAGAAGGAGAAGGAGAGGCAGGCAUAACAUGGGGAAGGAUUAUUAUAAAGUCCUCGGCAUUCAGAAAGGAGCAGCAGAUGAUGAAAUCAAAAAGGCAUACAGGAAGAUGGCCUUAAAGUACCACCCUGACAAAAACAAAUCACCAGAUGCAGAGGACCAGUUCAAGGAAAUUGCUGAAGCUUACGAUGUACUGAGUGACCCCAAGAAACGGGAGAUUUAUGACCAGUUUGGAGAAGAAGGAUUAAAGGGUGGUGGAUCUGCUGGUCCCAAUGGCACCAACUUCCAGUAUACCUUCCACGGAGACCCUCAUGCAGUCUUUGCAGAGUUUUUUGGUGGGCGAAGUCCCUUCGACAUGUUUUUUGGCCAGAGAAAUGGCGAAGAGGACAUGGACAUCGAUGAUGACCCACUGAGCUCCUUCAGUGGGUUUGGCAUGGGUGGCAUGGGGGGCAUGGGGGGCAUGGGCGGCUUGCCUGGUUUCCAUCGAGCGCGGACAUCUGCCAAGAAGCAGGAUCCCCCAGUCACUCAUGAGCUGAAAGUUUCUCUGGAAGAGAUUUUCGCCGGCUGCACCAAAAAGAUGAAGAUCCGACGGAAGCGCCUGAAUCCUGAUCGGCAGACGCUGAGGCAGGAAGACACCAUUCUGACAAUUGAUGUCAAGAAGGGCUGGAAGGAAGGGACAAAAAUCACUUUCCCCAAACAAGGUGAUGAAACGGCCAACAAUAUUCCUGCAGACAUAAUCUUUGUUCUAAAGGACAAGCCACAUCCCGUCUUCAAGCGGAGUGGAUCUGAUAUCAUCUACACAGCAAAAAUCAGCCUCCGGGAGGCUUUAUGUGGUUGCUCAGUGACUGUACCAACACUGGAUAAGAAAACUCGCACAAUGGCCCUGAAGGAUGUCAUCCAGCCAGGAUCACAGCGGAGAAUAUCAGGGGAAGGGUUACCACUGCCAAAGCAGCCGGACCAGCGAGGGGAUUUAGUGGUCGAGUUCGAAGUGCACCUUCCUGAGUCCCUGUCGAGCACAACACACGAGAAGCUGAAGGAGCUGCUGCCACUGUAACCAUUCCGACAAGUCCUAGGGGAGCGGAGUGAUUGAGAGUGGGGAAGGAACAAAAUCAUAUUGCAGUGGACUGUGAAUGCCACACUGUGGUCUGGGUGGCCACUGGGUCUUGGACAUACAAUUAAGCAAGUUGCUUAAUGUGUUUUUAAAAAAAAUAAAAUAAAUCCUAUAUCUCAGUCUUUGCAUAAUUGGAAACAAUGCAUCAUGUGUUCAAAUUGAUGCUACCUUCAGUGUAAAUAACACAAUUUGUUACCAAAUAUACAGUAAACAAAGUAUUGGUUAAUCUAUUCACAUAGUUGAUCUGUUAUGUAGCUCAUUGUUAAAAUAAUAAAUUUUUGUUUUCUCUUAAAA